AUGGCCGCCGCCGACACAAAAGAACUUGCUCAAACCUACACCGCCGUCAACAACACACAGUAUGACGCCGGCCUCUUCCUCCUGAAGCAGCUGGGGCUUGAACCUGGCAUGCGCGUCCUAGAUGUCGGAUGCGGACCCGGCAACAUCACAUCCUAUCUAGCCGACGUGGUUGGCGCAAGCGGCGAGGUGGUCGGUGUCGACCCCAGCGAAGAGCGCAUCGACUUGGCGCGGGCCAAAAUCACGACUCCUGGCGAAGACGGCGGGGUCGCUUCCAGUGGUGCAAGGCUCUCGUUUUACGUGGGCACGGCCGAAGACCUCUCCCGUUUCGCCACGGCAAGCUUCGACGCCGUCUACUGCAACUCGACGCUGCACUGGGUGCGGGACCAGCCGCUGGCGCUGCGGGAGUUUUCGCGCGUCCUCAAGCCUGGUGGCCGCCUUGGCGUCUCGGGACAGUCGGGCGACUUUGUCGCGGCGCACGAGGCGAUCGCCAAGACGGUGCUGAGCCGCGAGCCAUACAGCGCCUACGACCACAGCGUCGGGGCGCCGAGGUUUUUGAAAAAGGCCGAGAUGGAGUCGCUUCUCGACGCGGCCGCGUUUGGUAAACGCACCUUUACCAUCAAUCCAAUAUUCAAAUCGACGAAAAACGGCGACGAGAUGAUUUCGUGGUUGGAGAGCAGCUCCUCGGGCAAAACGUACGGGGGUAUCCCUGUGGACAUGCGGCCGCAGGCGCGCAAGGAAAUGCUGGCAGAAUGGGAUAAACUCACCACAGAGGAAGGACUUACGAUGCAGCUUGAUUUUACCGUAGUAGACCCUGCACGUCGUAUUGAGAUCCCCACGGAGGAGUUCGGCGGAGAGUUCUUCGGCGGGGCUAUAGCCGAUCUCAUGGAACCAAAGGGCACACCUUCUCCCACGGCCUCCUCCUUAGGGACCGACGACACCUGGAGCGCAGGUACUAUUGAUGUUUGGUGGGAAGAUGCAGAGCAAGAUGAUCCCGCGAACCCCCUAAACUGGCCCAGCAGGAAGAAAUGGGUCAACAUACUGACCAUCUCUGUGGUCGCCUUUCUUGUUCCUCUCGUAUCAUCAAUGCUGGCGCCAGGCAUCCCGGCCGUCAUGCAAGACUACCACACCGACUCCACGAUCUUUGCGACCUUUGCCGUGUCAAUCUUCGUGCUGGGCUUCGCGUGCGGGUCCCUGAUCCUCCCGCCGCUGAGCGAGAUGCACGGCCGCGUCGUCGUCUACCACGUCACCAAUGCACUCUUCCUGCUCUUCACCGCCGCAUGUGGCCUCGCGCGCGGAGAGGCCAUGCUGCUGGCAUUUCGGUUCCUGUCGGGCUUCGCUGGCGUAGCCUUCAUCACGAUCGGUUCGGGGACCAUUGCAGACCUCAUGCCGCGUGACCAGAGGGGCCGCGCCGUAUCCAUCUGGUCCGUCGGCACCAUCCUCGGCCCCAUGAUCGGGCCCAUUAUUGGCGGGUAUGUGUCUGAUGUCUUGGGAUGGCGGUGGAUGUUUUGGAUCAUGGCCAUUGUGGUCGGCGUGGUUUUAAUCAUUGCCUUGUUCGUCUUAAAGGAGACGUAUGCUCCAGUUAUUUUAGAGAGAAAAGCUGCAAAGCUGAGAAGGGAGACUGGAAAUUCCAACUACAGGUCCAGAUUGGCGUCUGAUCUGACCCCAAUGGACCUGUUCGCCAAAAGCAUCGUGCGGCCAACAAAAAUGCUACUCCUCCGCCCCAUCGUCACAAUCGUAUGCACCUACGUGGCCAUCCUCUACGGGACUCUCUAUCUCCUCUUCUCCACCUACUCCUUUGUAUUCAGCGAGGUAUACGGCUUUUCCAGCACAGGCACAGGUCUGGUGUUCCUGGCCGGCGGCAUCGGAACCUUGGCGGGGCUCCCGUACAUCGCCCACUUCAGCGACAGGAGCGUCAAAACUCGUGAUGUGGCGGGCGAGCCCGUUCCGGCGGAAGCUAGACUGACUCGAAUCAUCACAAUACCUGGGGCUUUGGCAUUUCCACUAGGCCUGUUCGUGUACGGGUGGACCGUCGAGAUGCGUGUCCAUUGGAUCGUUCCUCAGAUAGGCACCGCCAUCACUGGAUUCGGGUCCAUACUCAUCUUUGUCGCCAUGCAGACCUACCUGAUCGAUGCGUUCGAGGGCCACGCCGCCAGUGUUGUAGGUGCCAAUGCGGUGUUGCGAGGUCUCGCGGGUGCUUUGAUACCUAUUGGUGGGCUGAAUUUGUACGAGGCGCUGGGUUGGGGUUGGGGGAAUAGUCUGCUUGGGUUCUUAUCGCUCUUCUUUGCGCCUUUGCCUUGGAUCCUGCGUUCGUAUGGGGCACGAGUUCGGGACAUGAAGAGUAACAAGAUAGGUGUUUAAGGACUAAACUCUGAGUUGUUUAUGUACAGCAACGAUCAUUUCAUAAAGCCAUAGAAAAUCUUAUGUACAAAGCCAAAAUGUACCAGCGCUACAAAAAGACUGAUUCCCGAGAGUAUCAUCUGUCUACGUGAGGACUGGACUUGAAUAUUUUCCGGAAAGCAUCACAGCCUGCUCUCGUACCGCGCAACAGGCGGACUAAACUUUGCAACAAGCUCACCUCGCGACAAAGUAUCCAGCUUCAACUUUCUCAAAUUCCUCCCCGUCUCCAUAAAGUCCACCCCCGUCGACAUCUCAGCCAGCAGAAUAACCGCGGCGAUUGGCGAGGCAUCGAUGCCCAAAGCCUCCGCCAGCGCGCACCACGGCACCAGCAGAUCCGGCACGUCCUCUGAGAUGUUGCGAUGGGCGGCAAACUCUGCCGGGGCGCGCAGGCGGUUGUGCGGCGGCGACUGCUCCGCCAGGGUGACGAGGGUGGCAAAGUCCUGCUCAUAGCACGCGUUGGACACGUCCAGCGUGGACGGGACGAGCAGACCCAGGGCGGUUCCGAUGGCGACGCGCACGCCGUCGAUGGCCAGCAUGGCGCGCGCCACGGCGGGCGUCAGACCGUCGCGAUACAGCAGGAAAUCGCCGCCGGUGCUCUCGAUGCGGCCGGCGUUCAUCAGCAUCAUGAUGGGGUGGAAGACGCCGUUGAUGUUGGCCAGGCACGCCUCCACUACGUUGUGGCACCACUGCAGCGCCACGCCCGCCGGGAACAGGUCCUGCACUGCGUUGCGGAACUGCGUCGUUGCUGCGGCGUCUUGGUUGUGAUUGUUGUGCAGCGCCGCUAUCAUGACGCGCUUUUUGCGCCCCAGCACGUGGAGGCGACCACCGUUCAUCCGGCAUGAGUAGGGCGAUAGGUUGGUUUCUAGUAUGUUGCCAAAUUCCACGCUGACGUUUUUGAUAAAAGACAGGAGGUUUCCGGGGACGGCGAUGAGAGUGUGGUGGCGUAAGUCGUAUCCUUCCAUUUCUUGUAGGAUUGUCUCUUGGCCGGUGGACGGCACGGUAAGGAAUGCAACUGAGGAGAACUCGAGUGCUUCAGCCAUAUUUGUAGUUAUUGGGAUCCGUACAAAGCCUUCUAUGGCUCCGCUGAUUUCAAGUCCACCAUUUCUAACAACUGCGCUGGCCUGGCGCAUGUGAGUUGGAUGCGAGUAUAUCAGGACCUGCUUUCCUUGGCUGAUGAGGUCUGCGGCAAGGGCAAACCCUGCGGGCCCUGCACCGAAAAUACAUAUGUGUUGUUGUAAUUCCAUGUUUUUGUAAGAAUGAAAAGUUGAUAUUUGAGAUCGUGGAGUUGCUUUGUGGAAAUGUCUGAC